CUCCGUCCCCGAGGGCUCUCCAGCCGCCGCCGCAGCUGGGCUCUGGGCUCGCUGCCAGGCCCCAGGGGGGCGUGGGGCAGGUGUCCAGGCUGCGCGCAGCCUCUGCUCCCGGUGCCACUGCCGGCGCGCCCCGCACACGCACGCCCCGCAACCCCUCCCUCACUCCUCCCUUCUUCCCGGAUGCUCAGUCUCCGCCGGCCGCGGUCGCUGCAUCCUCGGCGGGCGGCGACAAGGAGGUAGCAAGGGGCGGCCGCCGGCAGAGGCACCAUGUGACGGGCACCGCUGAGUGACACGCAGCUUCGGUUAAAGAGCGGGCGUGCAGGAGGGGAGGCGACGGCACGCUGGACGCGGAGGAAUAGCCUGACUUUCCCAGCUAAACCGUCACGAGCCAUGGAUGCACAGGGGCGACGCGCCCCCCAAUAGGAGAAUGACUGCGAUUCGAGACCCUCGGCGGCCGAGCAUGUGGAUGUAAGUGCGAGGCUGGCGAGCACCGUGUGGGUGGGGGUUGGUGGUGGGGGGAGAUUCUGAUGCAAUCGGCCCCGAAAGGAGGAGAGACAGGAGAGCGCGGGCUGGGGCAGCCACGCCGCUCCGCCUGAAGGUCGCCGCCCUUCACCUUCCUCGGAAAUCCGUCACGCCACGCUGAGCCUCCCUGCCCAGACCUCACUGACGGAGGCCACCUUUCCUCCGCUGAGGCAGCCAGACCUUGACACAAAGGACAUCGCACGGCCGGGGGAAAAUCCCGGAAGGGCGGAUACCUUGACGUCUCCUUUUGCUACUUUUCCUUUAUUGCCCGAGAUAUUUAUCGAGUGCCUACUGUGUGCCAGGCACUAUAUCUAUGUGCGUAGAAAAAUCCUUGAAGGUUAUACUCCAAUAUAUAUACAGUGAUCAUCUCUGCUUGUUGAGAUAACAGGGGUGUGAACCUUAUAUUUUUGCUGCUAUCCACUUGUAAAUACACUCAGAAAAGGAGGAUUUGGACCACAGGUACUUUCUAAACAUGAUGCAUUUCAAAAGUGGACUCGAAUUAACUGAAUUGCAAAACAUGACAGUGCCCGAAGAUGAUAACAUUAGCAAUGAUUCCAAUGAUUUCACCGAGGUAGAAAAUGGUCAGAUAAAUAGCAAGUUUAUUUCUGAUCGUGAAAGUAGAAGGAGUCUCACGAACAGCCAUUUGGAAAAAAAGAAAUGUGAUGACUAUAUUCCAGGAACAACCUCCUUGGGCAUGUCUGUUUUUAACCUAAGCAACGCCAUUAUGGGCAGUGGGAUUUUGGGACUCGCCUUCGCCCUGGCAAAUACCGGAAUCCUCCUUUUUCUGGUACUUUUGACUUCAGUAACACUGCUGUCUAUAUAUUCAAUCAACCUUCUGUUGAUCUGUUCCAAGGAAACAGGCUGCAUGGUUUAUGAAAAGCUGGGAGAACAGGUCUUUGGCACCACAGGGAAACUUGUCAUCUUUGGAGCCACCUCCCUACAGAACACUGGAGCAAUGCUGAGCUACCUGUUCAUAGUAAAAAAUGAACUACCCUCUGCCAUAAAGUUUCUAAUGGGAAAGGAAGAGACAUUUUCAGCCUGGUACGUGGAUGGCCGCCUUCUGGUGGUGGUAGUUACCUUUGGCAUAAUUCUCCCUCUGUGUCUCUUGAAGAACUUAGGCUAUCUUGGCUAUACUAGUGGAUUUUCCUUGAGCUGUAUGGUUUUUUUCCUAAUUGUGGUUAUAUACAAGAAAUUUCAAAUUCCCUGCAUUGUUCCGGAGCUAAAUUCAACAAUAAGUGCUAAUUCAACAAAUGCUGACAUGUGUACACCAAAAUAUGUUACCUUCAAUUCAAAGACCGUGUAUGCUUUACCAACAAUUGCAUUCGCAUUUGUCUGCCACCCGUCUGUCCUGCCAAUUUACAGCGAGCUUAAAGAUCGAUCACAGAAAAAGAUGCAGAUGGUUUCAAAUAUCUCCUUUUUCGCCAUGUUUGUUAUGUAUUUCUUGACUGCCAUUUUUGGCUACUUGACAUUCUAUGAAAAUGUGCAUUCGGACCUCCUCCACAAGUAUCAGAGUAAAGAUGACAUCCUCAUCCUGACCGUGCGGCUGGCUGUCAUUGUCGCUGUCAUCCUCACGGUGCCGGUGUUAUUUUUCACGGUUCGUUCUUCUUUAUUUGAACUGGCUAAGAAAACAAAGUUUAAUUUAUGUCGUCAUGUCUUGGUGACCUUCAUACUGCUGGUUAUUAUCAACUUGUUGGUGAUCUUCAUACCCUCCAUGAAGGAUAUUUUUGGAGUCGUAGGAGUUACGUCUGCUAAUAUGCUUAUUUUCAUCCUUCCUUCGUCUCUUUAUUUAAAAAUCACAAGCCAAGAUGGAGAUAAAGGAGCUCAACAAAUUUGGGUCUGGUGAAGUUCAAGGGCAUCUUGAAGGUGGUGCACUUGGAGACAGUGAGGGAAGCAGGGGUGAAGUGGCUGCUACAUGAGUACCUUCUGGAGCACCAUUAUGUUUGGCUUCGGAGAAGGCUUCUCAGCCGCCCUCCCAGAUAGUGUAAGCACUCCAGUCCACAUGUUACCUGAGUCAACAGACCCGGAUGAGAGGCAUAGGCAUGGGGGAUCAUCGCUGUGCAUUUAGGAGAAGCAGCGUUGGUGCUGGUAGAGCAUCUGCUUCCCCAACAGGAUUAUCCCUAAAGCCAUAAAUCCUCAGUCCUUCUAGAUCUGACCAGUGGGGACUUCAUGAGGACAGAGAGGAAGAGCAGUCACUCUGACACAGCAGUAACGUAAACUAAGAUUAAGUUUGACAGUGAUGGAGACCUAUUGCCCGUGAAUUCUCUGGGCCUCUCCAACCCUGCUCCCGUUUCAAAACUGCUAGGAGGAUCUACCAAAUAGCAUUAGACAAGGGAUCCAGUCCAUGUGGGGACCCAGUGGAAGUUACACCAGACCGGUGAUGGUGAGCCUGUGUGCAACCCUCCCCUUCCCUCACCUCUGUCUCCCCAUCCAGACUCUAGUCCAGCCCCCCUGGCUCUCAUGUUGCUUCAUCCUUCUCCCUGAAUUUCAGCUCUCAUUGGAAACUCUCAAGGCCAAGUUUAUAAUCUCGAGUUCUCCAGAUUCUAGAGUUAGGAACCUGCCCCCUGUGGCCUUCAUCAACCCUUGAAAUAACUUCGUUUUGGACACCCAUUUCCUCUGUUCACUCGAUCAAAUCUACUUUUCUUUUUGAUAUCCUUUCAACACCUUUUCAAACAGAAAUGUUUGCCCGCCAGCGAUAACCUAGGUUGGUUGGUAAAGAGUAAUGAAAUGACCUGUAUGUUUUCUAAGCCCAUUCUUUCUUUCGGUUGUCGUCUUAGUCUGAAAGAAGCUGUGAGGAUACCGUCAGCUGUAGAACAGAUUCACUCUGAGGUGACUCCGAAGUCAAAGGACAGAAUGCAGAGGAUGGUUCUGAUAGCUGGUUUUUCUUAGUUUCCCAUCCCUGGGAAUCAGAUGCACACAGUUUUAGAAAGAUUCUCACAGUUCGGCAAUAGUUGUAACAAACUCCAAAUACAGAGGGACUCAAAAAGAGCGGGAAAAGCAUAUCUGUUUUUUCCCUGGUAUGUGUGGGCAAUGUUUGCUUCCCUGAAAAUAACCGUUGCCUUUCUGUCACUCCAGGCUGCCCUUUUCUUGGGUCUGGGGGUGGUGUUUUCCCUGGUCAGCAUUCCCUUGGUUAUCUACGACUGGGCCUGCUCGUCAGGUGGUGAUGAGGGCCACUGAGACCAGAUGGAGAAGG